GUCACACUGGCAGGCACACUGCGACAAAUUUGUUUUGAAGCUCGGUUCGGAAUCUCCCCGAGAAUCGGGAGAAAUGGGCACCAGGGAGCUCCAGUACUCCGUCCACUCGCUGUGCCGCAUCUGCCUUAUCCACCUGGAGCAGGGUGAUAGCCAUGAUCUGUUCGUGGUCCGAGAUCUGGUCAGGAAACUGGUUUCACUCACUUCUUUGGAGGUGGAUCAGAGCGAUGGCUUCCCAAAGAAGCUGUGCGCCCAGUGUUUCAUCAAGCUGAACGACCUGCAUGAUUUCCGGGAACUGUGUGUGGGAUCCAUAAAGCGCUUCAAGGAAAUGGUGGCCAGCAAUAGGAUUACCCCCUUUGGGGACUUUGAGCCCGUGGCGGAGGAUUCAGAGGCAAUGGGAAGGCAAGAGGAGCAGGCCAGCUUUGAUCCCCUGCUAAAUCACAAGAUGGAGCUGAUCGAGAAUGAGGAGGAAGUCUUCAAGAUGCUAAACACUGUGGACAGGGAACCGGAGGAACAUGGCCAAGAGGUUUCAUCCAGUGAAGAGGAGAUCGAGGAGUUGAACAACAAGCCGGAGGAAGCGUUCUCCAGCGAUGAUGAACAACCCUUGGCCAGACGGCGGGGGAUUCCCAGCGACGAGCGUCGCCUUCAACGCCUGAUAACCUGUCCCAUCUGCCAGCAAAAGUUCAAGAAGCCGUCGAAGUAUGAGGAGCACAUGAAGCACCACAAUGACCUGCUGCCUUUUCAAUGCGAGGAGGAGAGCUGCCGCAAGGGCUUCACCACGGCCGGUGCACUGCGUCUCCACGUUGACUAUGCGCACACAAAGAAGGCGGAUGAGAUACCCUGCACCGUGGAGGGCUGUAGACUAGUGUUUCCCCGCCUCCGCCUGCUGACCAUUCACCUGAAAAAAGUUCACAACCAGGCGAGGGUCAGUGCUCCGCGGGUGGAGCAGCCUUGCGGUGAGUGCGGCGCGAUCUUCCGCUGUCCGGUGGCUCUCAAGAAGCACAUGUAUAAGCACACCGGCGAGGAGCUUCCCUAUCCCUGCAACAUAUGCGGCAAGGGCUUCCACAUCAACAGUGCCCUGAAGAACCAUCUUCUCCGGCAUGCCGGCAUCAAGAACUACGUGUGUCCGUACUGCGGAGUGGGGAAGACCACUCGGCAGGAGUGGAGCAAGCACCUCCUAACCCACACCCAGGAGAAGCAGUUCAAAUGCCACAUCUGCGAUCAUGCCACCCACACGAAACGGGCGCUGGAUAGCCACGUGAAGAUUGUGCACGAGAAAAUCAGGAACUUUGCUUGCCAGUACUGCGGGAAGACCUUUGGGAAAUCCCACGCCUGCAAGAUCCACGAGAUGACGCACACCGGGGAAAAGCGAUGCGAGUGCAAGGUUUGUGGAAAGAAGUUCCUGUACACGGAAAGCCUUACGAAACACCUAAAAAUCCACGAAAAGAGCGUGGAGAGGGCUUUGGAAACUUAUAGGCAAAGGCAGGGAGAUGGUGAAGUCUUGGACGCACAAGUGGACGCGGAUCAGCUGCUAAAGGUGUGCGCCGAAUCCGUGGCCACCAUACCGAGGGAUCCUCGCCGCGUGGAGCGAGUUGACCUGUCCCAACUGGCGGGAACCGUGGUGAAUCCCAUUCCCACCGUUCAGAUGCCGCCCAGCGAAGUGCCAGCCCGCACGAAGUUUGUCCAGAAGGAGGGCAUGCACCUGUGUCCCGGCUGCAGCCAGGGAUUCAAUAACCUGGGCAACAUGAAGCGCCACUACAAGAGCGUCCACGAGAAGGUAAAGGACUUUGAGUGCCGCUUCUGCUCACGUCGCUUCGCCAAUUCGCAAUCCCUGAAGCAACACGAGUGGAUACACACUGGCGAAAAGCCUUACGAGUGCAAGGUUUGCGGCACACAUUUCCGCCAGGAAGCGGCUCUCAUCCGUCACCAGAAGGUCCAUGACGAAAAGCCGCCAAAGCCUCCAAGACCACCUAAGGAAAUUAGCGAAAGAGCUCGCCAGAAGGCGAUGCAGAAAAGUGAGCGAAGACGGAAAGUGGAGGCGCUCCGGCAGGAAAUUGCCGAGGCCGCCAAGGAAGAGCUCAAGGAUUUGGAGAACCAACGGGCCCUGGAGAGGCAGCAGAACACUUACGAACAGUAUCAAGCAGCGGCAACUGGCCAGACUAAUCUUGAAUGCCAGGAGGAAUCCUGAUCGGAAAUAAGUUUAAGGUUUCCAUAAGGCUUCAAAACUCCCCAAAUGAGUGGGAGUUUUAAUUGUUGGUUAAUAUUUAACUAUGACUUAAUUGUUACCCUAGUUCUAAGUAAGCAAAUAAUCUUUUUUAAUUUACUUAAAUGAGUCUGUGUUUUUUAAGCAAAAAAAAAUAGUUUUAAUAACAUGAA